UUUGAUGAGCGAGGCGUUUGGAUCGGGUGGCCUACCUAAAGAGAAUCGGAAUGGUGGAUUUGGUGCAGUCUGCAUCUUAACUCAGUUUGAUGACAGAGAACUGUUGAAAUUUAAGGGCUUGAGUGUUUUUUUGUAUAUACAUUUAUAUACAGUCCUGUGUAUUUGCCGUGUCUAGACUCUGAGUGUAUUGUAUCAUCCAUUUUUUUUUGGAUUACCAUCAAGCGAGUAUUGCGAGUUGUUGAUAGUCAUCAUGACGACAGUUAUCGAUCUGACGCAUGACGGAAACAUCCUUGAGGCAAUGGAGUCAACUUGUAACGACUUGCAUGCAUGUGAACCAUGCCGUAAAGAUUUACCAGAACUCUCCAGCAUCUCCUCCAUAGCCUCUGUGCAGAGUGAAGUCCUUGAUGGUCCAGAGCAGCAACAACUCCGGGUGUAUUUGAGGGUGAGACCUUUCUCUAACGCAGAGCAGAACAGUGGUGAGGAUCAGGGCUGUAUAGUGCUGGAGGAUUCUGAGACUGCGGUUCUUCAUGCUCCCAAAGGCUCUGCCUCGAUGAAAAACAGUGAAAAAGGCAUUGGCCAAUCAAUGUACAAGUUCAGCUUCACACAGAUCUUUGGGUCUGAGGUGGGCCAAGCAGAAGUCUUUGAUGGUACCGUUAGGUCUCCGGUGCAGGAUUUUCUGCAAGGGAAAAAUUCCUUGCUAUUCAGCUAUGGUGUAACCAAUGCAGGCAAGACCCACACCAUACAGGGCUCAGCCAAGGACCCUGGUAUUUUGCCUCGGGCUUUGGAUAUUGUGUUUCGGCACAUCAGCGGGCGCCAGUAUGCGCUCAUGGACCUGAGGCCGUAUCUGGGAAGCAGUGUUCAGAGGCUUGACGCGGACCAGUUGAAGACGGAGAAGCUCCAAAAAGCUGUUCUGUUCAGCCUUCUAAGAGAGUCUGAUGCGGAGCCACAGAGGACUAGCAGGUCUAGAAGCAGCUCUUCAUCGUCUGUCUCCAGUUUGUGUUUUUCUGGCAUCUCGUAUGACCAGACCGAAUCUUCUGCAGAGGAUCUCCAUGUCCAGUACUGCGUUUGGGUGGCCUACUAUGAGAUCUACAAUGAGCAGGUCUAUGACCUACUGCUGCCACAGAACUCCAAGACCAAGAAGCGCUCCUCAUUGCGUGUGUGUGAUGAAAGCAAUGGCAACUCUUAUGUCCGAGAUCUAAGAUGGGUGAACAUCCAUAAUUCCGAUGAGGCGUGCCGGGUUCUACGCGUUGGGAAUAAGAACCGCAGUGCUGCUUCUACGAAGAUGAACCAGUCUUCCAGUAGAAGCCACAGUAUUUUUACCAUGAAACUUCUGCGAAUUGAUGGAACUGAUGUCCAAGGAAUAUCUGAGCUCUCUCUGUGUGACCUCGCCGGCUCCGAGAGGUGCAACAAAACCAAGACGUUCGGGGAGCGUCUGAAGGAGGCCGGAAACAUCAACACCUCUCUGCUCACCCUCGGGAAAUGCAUCGCAGCGCUGAGAAGCCACAAUAACGGGGUGAAGAGCAGCUAUGUGCCGUUCCGGGAGAGCAAGCUGACACGGCUCUUCCAGGGUGUUUUCUGUGGGAGGGGGAAAGCCUUCAUGAUCGUCAACAUCAACCAGUGCGCUUCCACCUAUGACGAGACCCUCAAUGUUAUGAAGUUCUCUGCUGUCGCUCAGCAGGUAGUCCAAGUGCUUCAGCCUCGUUCUCUUGAGUCUCUGGCUCCCAGGCUGGUUGGGCGCGAUGGCAAACCGUUGGUGAAAAACGGGGUGAUUGACCAGCAGGCUGUGGAUGACUACCUGUCCGAGGAGGAGCUCCUGGAUGGGGCGGACGACGAGGCAGAUAUGUCCAUCCUGCCUCAGGAGGAGCUGCUAGGCAUAAUCGAGACUCUACGGACCAAGCUGCUUGCAGAACGUAGGAAGAACCUCGUGCAAGAGAUUCAGAUCCGCAAAGAGAUGGGAGAUGCUAUGCUGCAACAACUCAUGGACAGUGAGGAGCAACACAGUCGACAGAUGGCGCUGCUGAAGCAGGGUUAUGAGGAGAAGCUGGACAACACGUUUGAGCUGUACAAGGACGCCCUGAAAGAACACGCCUACCAGUGUGCCGUGGAGAGACUCGAGGAGGACUACAUCCCCAUAGAGGAGUACAACACCGCGCAGAAGGAGCUGAAGACCAGGCUGAGCGAGGUGGAGGAGAAACUGCGACGUUCUGAAUCCGGUUCCACGCUGGGAUCUCCCUUCUCUCCCACUCAGGAGUGUUCCACCCAGACGGUGCAUGCAGAGUGUCCUGCUCAAGAUGCGGAUGCCGAGAGAUCCAAACGCCUCUACAGGGAGAAAUGUGCCGUGGAGAAACUGUGCUGUGAAAAGCAAGAGCUAAUUGUGGCCCUGGAGAGUCGGAUCUCGGAGCUGAAUGACACGUUGCAAGAGGCAGGAGAGAGCUAUAUGGAAAAGCUCUCUCUGGUUCAAACAUUACAGAACAAACUGACUUAUCAGGAGCGGGAGACGGAGCAUCUGCAGAGUGAUGUCACAGAGAAGGAGGCGGUGUUGACCUCUCUGCGGGAGGAGCUUGCCAAGCUGUCCCAGGCUCCCGAGGAGACGCCCAGACCCCGGCGAGGCCUUCUGGCCAACAUUAAAGAUUCUGUGUCGUCACCACGCAGUGGAACCCUCUGCCGCACCCUCAAGCGCUCCGUCAGGACCACUCCGUCACUGAAGAAGAAGCCUGUCUGACCCCCUGACCCCCUGGUACACUGCUGUUUUACUUGGGGCGUGCGUUUGAACUGUAAUAGGCUUCUAUAUACUAUAUAAAUGUUUUUUAAUACAUUGUUGGUCUUAACAUUGGAUGUGUGUUUAAU